AUGCGCCUUCCCGCGCUCUUCGCAGCGUCCGCGGCCCUGUGGGUGGCGACAGCCAGCGCCGCCAGGCAGUGCACACAUUACGGCCUUCCGGAGGGUGACGAGUGCACGUGUCCGGCCGGUUUCGGUGCAUCGAUCGGCUCCCAGUGCGACACGCUUCAGUGCGGUGGCUCUCUCUACGUUCCCGGCCCCAAGGCGAAGGACGGCAACUUAAAGGACUGCAAAUGCGACGACGGCUGGACGGGACCGACGUGUACGGUCUGUCAGAGCAACCAGGCAUGCUCGACGUCGCUGAACCGCUACUCAUGGGGCACAAAGUACUCCCAGGUCCCGGGGCUGAACAACACCCUCAUCUGCUCUGCCUCGCCGACAGUGUACGGAACGGGCCAGAUGACGUGUUCGCUCAGCGACCCGACGAUCAACAUGCUCUUCCCCGGUCCCGCCUACGUUACGAUCACACGCUCCCUGAACUCGACGAAGCAUCCCGGCGGCAAGCGGGUCCUUACGAAAGGCGGACUGAAUGGCGGAGAGGGUGUGGCGUAUGCGCAAAUCUGGAUCAACAAUGUCGAGCAGUUCAGCUGCAUGGCUCAGAACUGCACACAGACCGUUGCCAAAUCGAAGAUAGACGGAGCCGCCGGCAACAGCACGACAUGGGACUGCGCCGACCUGGAGUGUCGCUGCAAUGGCGAGAGCGACCUGUGCCGCUCGCCCGGAGUCCUCGGCAUCAUCAACAAGCUUCACGGUCCGCUUAGCGUCGACUGUGGCGGCGACGACAACUGUCAGUUCAAGCAGCAGCUUGUGACCAACUUCUUCGGCGAGAAGGGCCUCACGCUUUCCGACUGCACUUUCGGCGAGUGCGUCGAACAGAGCACAAUCGACAACGCUUCCUUCGACACAAACGUUCCCGGCCCUUCCGCAGGCGUGAUUGCCGGCCUCCUCGCUGUGGCUUGCGUCAUUCUCGCUGUAAUCAUCGCGACGGUGAACGGCAUCUACUCUCGCGAACGAGCCCGCCGCCGCCCCACACACGGCGACUUCAUGAAGCGACCCGGUGUGGGACUCUCCUGGUCCGGUGUUGGUUACGAGGUCCCUCCAGAGCAGCGCGGCUUCAUUCGUGCUUUCAAGGAGUGGCUGAAGGGCGGCCGCGGGGCAGCCUACCUGAAACUCGAAAGGGACGUGAACGUGGGCCCGCACGGAGGCAAGGUCGUUCUCCGCGACUCUUGCGGGGACAUCCCUGCCGGCGGAUUCUGCUGUCUCCUCGGCCCUAGUGGAGCGGGGAAGUCGACGCUGGUAGACAUCCUCUCCGGCCAGAACAAGGCUGGACAUGUGGAGGGAUCUGUGUCCUACACCGGAGGCGGACGGAUCAAGGUAGCCUACGUCGACCAGCGCGAUGUCCUCAGCGCCACUGCGACCGUAGCUGAGACGCUUCAGUUCGCAGCGGACCUCAGGCUGCCCGAGAACAUCCCCGCCCACGUCAAGGCGGAACGUGUUCGAACUGUGCUGCAGCAGCUCGGUCUCGAGCACGUCGCAGACACCCGCAUCGGCAGCGGUGAAACGCGCGGCGUCUCUGGCGGUGAGAUGCGUCGAGUCAGUAUCGGCGUCGAGCUCAUCAGCGCUCCCGACGUCCUUAUCCUCGACGAACCCACCUCGGGUCUCGACUCUGUAUCCGCCGCACGCAUCGUCACCCUCCUGAAGGCCAUCACGGAGGACGAAACUUGCCCUACAACCGUCAUCGCCUCAAUCCAUCAGCCCUCCUCGGCCCUGUACAACGCCUUCUCGCAAGUCCUCCUGCUGUCUCGAGGCAAGCAGCUCUAUUUCGGCCCCGGCGGCGAUGCGCCCGCAGACUACUUUGCUCGCUUUGGUCUCCCCUGCCCGGCGCACUACAACGUGGCCGACCACCUGCUUGAGAUCGCAACUGCCUCCCCGCCCCUCCAGACGGGUCGCGAUGCAGUUGUGCCGUUGAACUACAAGAGCAAGGAGGCCAGGUUGCUCGAAGAGAGCGAAUCUGAGCUGAGCAGCGCGGGAUCGAGUGAACUGGACCUGCUCUGCGCCGGCGAGACGAGCGUGGAUCUAAGCCAGCGACAGAGCGUGCCCAAGUCGGCGUGGUGGCCCGAUGGACGCUGCGAGACAACGUUCCUCACUCAGAUGGACGUACUGAGUAAGCGUGAGUGGGCCAACUUGAUGCGAGACAAGACGCUCUUCGUCUCCCACGUAAUCGCAGGCAUUGUGCUCGGUCUCUUCGCCUCGGGCGUGUUCUCCCGUAUCGACCUGUCCAUCUCUGGGUUUAGGAAUAGGAUCGGAUGCCUGUUCUUCAUCUGCUCUCUCGUCUCGUUCUCGUCCCUUUCCGCACUCAACAACUUGGUCGAAGCUCGGCCACUGUUCCUGAGGGAGCGGGGCGGGUUCUACUCUCCCUCAGCCUGGCUCCUCUGCCGCGUGCUCUUCGACAUUGUGCCCUUGCGCAUCAUUCCCAUCUCCCUGCUGGCGUGCACGACCUACGCCCUGGUGGGUCUGACGCCCACGAUCGUCAACUUUUCCCAAUUCUACCUCGCCGUGAUGCAGUUCGCAGUCUCCAUGGCGCUGUUCAACUUCAUCCUCGCCGCGGCGUGUUCCAACCCCGCCCUCGCCGUCCUCGCCUCGAACCUCUGGAACAUGUUCAACUUCGUGUACGCCGGCUUCUUCGUAAAGCUGGAGAAUGUGCCGGCCUGGGUCCGCUGGCCAACCUACAUUACGCCUCUCGGAUUCGCGCUCGAAGCCAUCAGUGUCAAUGAGGUGGGCGCCGGAUUGCCGAUCAAGGACGACCUGGACGGCAUCGCAAUCGAGAUCAAUGCAGCGUACAUCAUGAAGCGACUGUUCGGGUAUGAGCUGGGCAAGUACUAUGGCGAUGUGCUCGCCCUGUGCUGGUUCCUCAUUGGAUAUCUUGUGCUGCUGGUGGGACUGGUUGUCUAUCACAUGCGUGAGCACCGAUAG